AAUCCUUACACAAACGCGCUCUCUCUCAACUUCGCUUUGUAUUCCUCCAUCUUUUCCUCUCUUUGAACUGCAAUAAAAUGGAUUUGGGUAUGGUGUCUAAGGAUUCUAGCUGGUGGGUUUUCACUCUACCUGCAUUCCUUGGCUCUAAAAUUAUUCUAGAUGAGUAUAUACUUCUUGCAAUAUCACUGGCUUCCGUAUUUCUUGCUGUUUUUACAUGGGUUAUUUCUCCUGGCGGCUCAGCUUGGAAAAAUGGCAGAAAUCGACAUGGAGCUGUUCAAAUCCCCGGGCCGAGAGGUUUACCAGUAUUCGGAAGCCUGUUUAACCUCAGCCGUGGCUUGGCUCACCGCUCUUUAGCCGCUAUGGCUGGAGCUUGCAAAGCUAAGCAGCUCAUGGCGUUCAGCCUCGGUGCCACCCCUGUUGUUGUGGCUUCUGACCCUCUUAUAGCAAAAGAGAUUUUGAACUCACCUCACUUUGCUGAUCGGCCUAUUAAACAGUCGGCUAAGAGCCUGAUGUUUAGCCGAGCUAUUGGGUUUGCUCCUAAUGGAACCUACUGGAGGCUCCUCAGACGCAUCGCCGCCUCGCACCUCUUCGCUCCCCGCCGCAUUGCGGCGCAUGAAGCAGGCCGUCAAAUGGACUGCUCCACCAUGUUGAGGAACAUAGAAUGUGAACAGACACUCCACGGGAGAGUCUCUUUAAGGAAGCAUUUACAAGCUGCAGCCUUAAAUAACAUAAUGGGGAGCGUUUUUGGUAAACGUUAUGACCAGGUUGGGGAUAGCGAGGAGCUUAAGGAACUGAAAGGCAUGAUUAGAGAAGGUUUUGAGCUUUUAGGUGCUUUCAAUUUUUCAGAUUAUUUGCCGUGGAUUUCUUACUUCUACGACCCGUUUAGGAUUGUUUCUCGUUGCGAAGAACUCGUCCCACGGGUUCGAAAACUGGUGAAGGGAAUAAUUGAAGAACACAAACUGAAAAACGAAAGCGAAAAUAUUACUGAUACUGAUGAUUUUGUUGAUGUUUUGCUCAAUUUGGAGGGCGAAGAGAAGCUGAAUGAAGAUGAUAUGAUUGCUGUUCUGUGGUACUACUAUUUUAUUUGUAAUGAUAAUGAAUACUACGGAUUUGGAUAUGUAGCUGGUGAUUUCAUGUACCUGCUAUACCAUAUCAGCUUUAGACAGCAAGAUUUGAGUUCUCUUAGAUCUUGGGAUCAGCUGCCUAUAUCUAUGAUUCAUCAAAUUGCCUUUCUUAAUGGAGAAUUGGAAGAAGAAAUUCACAUGCAACAACCAAUAGGUUUCAUUAAAACAGACAAAGAGAAUAAAGUUUGUAAAUUGAAAAGAUCAAUCUAUGACCUAAAGCAGUUUUCUAGAUGGUGGUAUUUGAGAUUUUACAAAAGCGAUUAUCUCGAGUAUAUUAAAACCAUUAUAAAAUGGUUGUCAUCAAAUUUUGAAAUGAAGGACAUAAGUGAGGCAAAUUACAUAUUUGGUGUUAAAAUUUAUAGAGAUAGUUCGAAAAGACUUCUUGCUUUGUCAUAUGAAUAUACAAAAAAAUUUUAA